AUGUCUUCCUUCGCGCCUGUUGAUUCGAUCCGUGUCAACGGUGAGGAUUCCAAGAAACGCGUUGCCUACUUCUACGACUCAGAUGUCGGAAACUACGCCUAUGUCUCUGGCCAUCCAAUGAAACCUCACAGGAUACGGCUGGCUCACUCACUUGUCAUGAACUAUGGCCUGUACAAAAAGAUGGAGAUUUAUCGUGCGAAGCCUGCUUCGAAGUAUGAAAUGACCCAGUUUCACACAGACGAGUAUAUAGACUUUCUUGCAAAGGUUACUCCCGAUAAUAUGGAGUCAUAUCAGAAAGAGCAGCAAAAGUACAACGUCGGGGACGACUGUCCGGUCUUUGAUGGUCUUUUCGAAUUCUGUGGUAUCAGUGCUGGAGGCUCCAUGGAAGGCGCCGCCAGACUGAAUCGCCAAAAGGCUGACAUUGCCAUAAACUGGGCUGGUGGUCUGCAUCAUGCUAAAAAGAGCGAAGCAUCAGGCUUCUGCUACGUCAACGACAUCGUCCUAGGUAUUAUCGAACUUUUGAGAUUUCACAAGAGAGUCCUUUACAUCGACAUUGAUGUCCAUCACGGUGACGGUGUUGAAGAAGCCUUCUAUACUACCGACCGAGUUAUGACAGCUUCCUUCCACAAGUAUGGAGAGUACUUCCCAGGCACCGGAGAGCUCAGGGAUAUCGGUGUCGGCAUUGGUAAAUACUAUGCCGUCAAUUUCCCCCUCCGUGAUGGAAUCGACGAUGCUUCAUACAAGGGAAUCUUUGAACCUGUUAUCAAAGCAACCAUGGAGUACUAUCAACCCUCGGCUGUUGUGCUCCAAUGCGGAGGUGACAGUUUAUCUGGUGAUCGUCUGGGUUGCUUCAAUCUCAGCAUGAAAGGCCACGCAAACUGUGUUCGGUUCGUCAAGUCAUUCAACUUACCAACCCUCAUCCUUGGUGGCGGAGGCUAUACCAUGAGAAAUGUUGCAAGGACUUGGGCUUUCGAGACUGGAUGCUUGCUGGGGGAGAAUAUGCAAGCUAACUUACCGUACAACGACUAUUACGAGUACUAUGCUCCUGAUUACGAACUGGAUGUCCGUCCUUCUAACAUGGACAAUGCCAACUCAAGGGAGUAUCUUGAAAAGAUUCUGUCACAAGUACUUGAAAAUAUGAAGAGAACUGCGCAUGCUCCUUCAGUCCAAAUGACAGAUGUCCCUAGAGAUUCACUAGGUAUGAACGACGACGACGAAGCUGCAAUAGACGAUCUCGACGAAGAUGAAAACCCAGAUAAACGCCACACGCAGCGGAGGUCAGACAAGUAUGUCCAAAAGAACGGCGAAUUGUCUGACAGUGAAGACGAGGAUCCAGACGAACGUCAAGGGCGGAGACAACGUGUUCAGGCCAACUUCAGGCACAUUAUGGACGUUGGGGCGACUGAUUCGGGUGUUGAAACUGGUAGUGGAGUUGGCACACCCAUGCAAGGCUCGAGCGUACCUGAUGAUGCAGAUGAAAUGAAUAUAGACUCUGUUGAGCAACCUGUGGCAACCCCAAGUCCCGUUAAUGGACCUACCAACGGCUCUGCUGCCGUUUCAAAUCCACAAUCACCAGCUCAGGCCCCAGCUGCCGAUGAUGGUGACGUCGAGAUGGAAGAUGCAGAAGAAGUUGAAGUGGAAGUUAAUGGAGAUACUGCUCCUGCCACCAAUCAUACUACCCUGCCUGAAGAAGAAUCCACAAUUACCGUCCAACAGCAAAGGACGCCACCAGAUUCCCCUGCUCAACCCCAGGAGCAAGAGGUAGAACAGGGCGAGCAGCCUGUGUCGGGACCUGAGCCACAAACCACCAUCUCGCCCACCGCACCACCGCUAACAACAGAGCCGACCGAGCCCGCAACGGAAGCCCCGUCAGCGCCUUCUCCACUUGCAGCUGCUGUCGAAGCGAUCGAAGAAGUCGCACCACCAGCCGAGCCUGAAGCAGUCAUCAAACCUGAGCCAGAGGAGGCAAUGGAUGAUAUUGCCAAAGCACAGGCUGCAGAAGAAGGCCUCAUAGAGCGCGAGACUGCCAACGCGGAAGCUGAGGCAAGGACAGAGGAAGUCUCCAAAGCCGAGGAAUCAGAUAAGUCCGAAACUCCCGUCCUUGUGAACGAACCCAGGGAUUAG